CGAGACAAUCCUCAUUACUCCUCCUCCUCGGCAAUCCUAGGUCGUGCUCUCCGUGAACCUUUCUCGGCCCUGCACCUAUUCGCUUCCCAUCAUCGCCGCUGCAGCGCUGACUAUUCCGCUUGUAGCUUUUGAGGACAUGCAGGGAAGGAAGGAGGGGAGAGAAGCAGUCAGGAGGGUGGCAAGGGAGGGAUGGUUCGGCUGUGAAUGGGAAGCUCGCAUGUCGGUUCUCUGGGACCAGUUUGCAUGAGCUCAUCGCUCUCUAGAGCUGCUGCCGAUUUGGAGAUACCGCCGAUGCGUAUGUCCGCAGUCCGACCUUUCAGGGGAUGUGGUAGGUAUGUGAAGAAUCGUCAAGACGAUCACGUGGGCAAUGUGUUUCGCUUGAAUGCGCUUGGAUUUCUGUCUUAGUUCGGUAUGACGGGACUGAUGCAUGACGUGAGAGCGAUUCCCGCCAACCGAAAAGAUUAGUCUCAGGGAUUGUAGAAUUUGAGCGUAGAGGUAUUGGGACGCAAUGGGGGAAGCGAAGGUGGAGGACGUAGAGAUGAACAAGGAGAAGAAGAAAAAAGGGUCCAAGUGGAAGGGGCUGGGCGGCUUCACAAAUGCGUGGUCGAAUUUCAAGUGGGCAAUUCGGGAGGCCCGGAUCAAGCAUUUUGAAAACCUCAUCUCGGUCGGUCUCCCUGGUGAGGUAAACCUGAUUAUGUUUGAUGAAAUCGAGGAGAGGCCUAAACCCCCUCCACGCUUCAAGGGUGUCCGUCAACUGGAGAAGACAAAACGGUGGGUAUCGGAGAUCAGGCCAACGGUGGGCUUGUACACAAAGCAAAGGAAGAAGAAAAUAUGGCUUGGAAGCUUCGGCACUCCGGAGGAAGCAGCGAGGGCGUUUGAUGUGGGCGUGUAUUUGUGGAAAGAUGAUCUAAGCGUGGAGAAUUUCAAUUUUCCGGAUUCGCCAGAAUUCCUUCGAAUGUUAGAGCCUAACAGGGACACUCUAGACGAAAAGACGCGGACAGCACGGACGAAAUCACUUGCUCAAAGAGCCGCUGACAGGGCUGCCGCUGCUAGAGACUUCGGGAGCAUGUCGCGGUCUCGGCGACACGACACUCGCGACCAGGAGCGUGGCUCCUAAAUGUUAAGCACAAUAUAGAGAUUCCAUUCUCACAUCAUCGCGAGGGUUUCUGAUUAUCCUGUAAAAGAAACAGUUACUUCAUGUACAUUGCAGACGAGGAGAUGAGUAGCGUUUGCUGUAACCAAAUCGCAGAGAGGACGAGUUUGCAUCAACGUAGAAUCUUUUUCCUUGAAUGCGAAAUGGUUUGAUCCCCACAGCAUUGCUGCAGUGAACAUAUUUUGUAUUAGUUUCAUAGGUGAUUAGUUGAACAUAUUCAUUGUGCCAGUCGUGCGAGACUUCCGCUGGAGUAUACUCUAGAAGAUUUUAACAGAUUUUCGUGCUGUAGCAAUUCCUCGGCAGGCUAGGUUAAUGGACUUGUAGUACAAAGAUCACACACUCUUGCGUUCUCAAGAACAGGCCAGAGAGUAGGAGACAUGUACAACGAGUUCCAAAUGUGAUCCUUUCAUUUGGUGGGAAUGCUGUUGUGAUCAUAGUGCCGUUGUAUCAAUGUAUCUCACUACCACUACAUCAGCAAUCAAGCAGGACCUUAUGAGCUUGUACUGGUUCGGAAA